AUGGUCCAACGAACACUCCGCCCAGGGGUAUAUGCACCUCUCCCUACCUUUUUUGACGACAAUCAAGAAAUCGACUAUGUCAGCUACAAAAAGCAUUUGUUAAAUCUUGCCACCAGAGGGAUGGUUCCUGUAUGUUCGGGCUCGCUUGGCGAGGCAGUGCAUCUGAGUUCUGAUGAGAGGAUAGCCUUGAUUCAAUUCAUCAGGGCUACGCUGGAUGAGGCCGGUCUGACAUCAACUCCUAUUGUCGCUGGGGUGGGUGGUUUGAGUACCAGGGAGACCAUCAAGCUAGCACGAGAUGCGGCAAAAGCUGGAGCCGAUGCUGGGAUGGUAAUUCUGCCUGCAUAUUAUGCGGCCAGUCUCAACACGGACUCGGAACAAGUCGUUCAAUAUUACAUCGAUAUUUGCGAAGGGUCUCCGAUACCUUUGCUACUUUACAACUUUCCAGCCAACGCAGGCGGUCAGGACAUGCCAUCUGCUGUGAUCAGCGAGAUUAUAAACAAAGCACCAAACCUGUGCGGAGUCAAACUGACAUGUGGAGGCAGUAUAGGAAAGCUUGUGCGACUGAAUGCAGAGAUUCAAAGCAAUCCAAACAUCAACGAAGCCCGGCCGUUCCCAUUCCUACUUUUGGAUGGAUUAAUUGCCGACCUAACGCCAUGGAUACAAUGUGGCGGUCAUGGAACUGUCAGCGGAAUACCCAACUUUGCCCCAGCAGCUUCCAUGAGGCUCUGGGAAUUGCUCAACACCCAAACUCCGACAGCGGAAGAGGUGACAGAAUGCGCGAGACUGCAAGCCAUUCUGUCAAAUGCUGACGUUGCUGCCGUACCGGGCGGAAUCCGAGCUAUGAAAUACGCAUUGAACCAGAUCCAUGGUUACGGGGUAGCGCCGCGAAAGCCGUUGCUACCAUUAAAGGAUUCGGAGGGGCAAGCUUUCAUGAAAGCUCUUAGUGAGAUGAUUGAAUUGGAGGCGGAAUAUGGGAAGAAAUAG